CGGGGACCCCUCCCCCCCAGCCAUGGCAGCGCGGGGCAGGGGCAGGGGUCGAGGCCAGAUGACCUUCAACGUGGAGGCUGUGGGCAUCGGGAGGGGGGAGGCGCUGCCCCCCCCCACGCUGCAGCCCCCUCCCCUCUUCCCGCCGCUGGAGCUGCGGGCGGUGGCGCUGCGGGGGGGGGAGCAGGCGGAGUACACCCUGGCCCUCAAGCAGGAGCUGCGGGGGGCCAUGAAGACCCUCCCCUACUUCAUCAAGCCAGGGCCCCCCCGCAGAGACAUCGAGAGGUACUCAGACAAGUACCAGCUCUGCAGCCCCAUCGACAGCGCCAUCGACUGGCAGCCAGACUGGAGAAGGCUUCCCAGGGAGCUGAAGAUCCGAGUCAGGAGGCUGCGGAAGGGCAGGGCCACUGCCCUUGUCCCCAAGUGCCACCAGCGCCCCCCACUGGACAAGGAGGAGGCCAUUAAGAAGCUGGAGAGCCUGGAGAAGAAGGAGGAGGAGGUGACCUCGGAGGAGGAGGAGGAGAAGGAGGAGGAGGAAGAAGGGAAGGAGGAGGAGGAGGAGGAGUACGACGAGGAGGAGCACGAGGAGGAGACAGAUUACAUCAUGUCCUACUUCGACAACGGAGAGGACUUCGGGGGGGACAGCGACGACAACAUGGACGAGGCUGUCUACUGACCCUGCCCCCCCCC